GUAACUGCGCCCCCGACUUUCCGGUGCCGCCUGUCGACCAAAACAUCAGCGCUCUCUCCUGGUCAGUCACACUCCUCUGCUGCAUGGAGGAGCUGAGCCGUGUCCAGUCCACUCAACACGACCAGGCGCCGGUGAAUGAAGCCGGGCCAGUGCUGCGGUACCGGACAUUCGUGUGGACUUCGUAAUUUUUGAGAUAUGAGUCAGCGUAACAGUAUAUUAGAGCUGAGCAGUUAGUGGGGCCUGCUCUCUGGAGUCAUGGAGCCCUCGGACGGCCUCCUGCUGCAGGUGAACAGCAGCGAGCAGUGGUGCAACCGCUGGAAGCACCCCAAUGAGGACUCGGACCGGAGUACCAGCCCGUCUGUACUGCGCUGUGUGACGAGCACGUGGAAGGAGGGACUACUCAACAGAAAGAGGCCUUUUGUAGGACGCUGCUGUCACUCCUGUACACCACAGAGCUGGGAGAGACUGUUCAACUCCAGCAUUCCUUCUCUGGGGCUGCGUAAUGUCAUCUACAUCAAUGAGACACACACCAGGCAGAGGGGCUGGUUGGCUCGCAGGCUGAGCUAUGUCCUGUUUGUGAUGGAAAGAGACGUGAAUAAGGAUAUGUUCCCCAGAAAUGUGGUGGACAAUGUGCUCAACAACAGCAGAGUGGAGAGUGCUAUUGUAGAGGUAGCUUCAGAGACUGAUGCUGCUAACUCGUCCGGAGCUGCCAAAAAAGUUAAGCAGAAAGCACGGUCCUUCCUCCAAGAAAUGGUGGCUAAUGUUUCACCUGCUUUUAUCAGACUGACUGGAUGGGUGUUACUAAGACUCUUCAAUGGUUUCUUCUGGAGCAUUCAGAUCCACAAGGGCCAACUAGAAAUGGUUAAGAAAGCUGCUUCGGAGCAGAACGUGCCCAUGGUCUUCCUCCCAGUGCACAAAUCACACAUUGACUACCUGCUCAUAACUCUGAUCCUAUUUUGUCAUAAUAUCAAAGCUCCACACAUUGCCGCCGGCAACAACCUGAGCAUGCCCAUCCUCAGCACCCUGAUCCGUAAACUGGGAGGAUUUUUCAUCCGUAGGAGAAUGGAGGAGACAAACAAUGGGAAGAAAGAUAUUUUGUACAGAUCGCUUUUACAUGCAUACACAGAGGAGUUACUGCGGCAACAGCAGUUUUUGGAGGUCUUUCUGGAGGGGACUCGUUCUCGUAGUGGUAAAGUGUUCCCAGCGCGGGCCGGCAUGUUGUCCAUUGUGGUGGACACUCUGUGCAAAGGAACCAUCCCAGACGUGCUCGUUGUCCCCGUAGGCAUCUCCUACGACCGCAUCAUCGAAGGCAACUAUAACAGUGAGCAGCUGGGCAAGCCCAAAAAGAACGAGAGCUUGUGGGGAAUCGCGUGUGGUGUGUUCAGAAUGCUGAGGAAAAACUAUGGAUGUGUCAGAGUGGAUUUCAUUCAGCCGUUCUCCCUCAAGGAAUACUUAGAGAAUCACACCAGCCGCCACGUCCCUCCCCCUAUGUCCCUGGAACACACCCUGAUGCCCAGUAUCAUAUCAGCACAACCGGACGCGGUGCCGUUCGAUGGUGAAGGUGACGAACAGGACAACAGAGAGCUGCCCGAUGAGAUCUUUAGACGCCAUCUGAUCACGAAUUUGGCCAAGCAUGUUCUAUACACGGCGAAUAAAUCAUCAGCCAUCAUGUCCACACACAUCGUGGCCUGUCUCCUGCUCUACAGACACAGACAGGGGGUGGUGCUGUCCAAACUGGUGGAGGACUUCUUUAACAUGAAGGAGGAGAUUCUGUCCCGGGACUUUGACCUGGGCUUUUCGGGGAACUCAGAGGACGUGGUGAUGAGAGCGCUCCAUCUGCUGGGCAACUGUGUGAAUGUCACCAGUGCUUCAAACCGUAAUGGGGAGUUCACAAUAGCGCCCAGCCAGACCGUCAAUGCCCUCUUUGAGCUCAACUUCUACAGUAACGGCCUGUUUCAUGUCUUCAUUCCUGAUGCAAUCAUUGCCUGUAGUAUCCUGGCAUUGCAGAGGGAGCUGUUAGUGGAGUCGGAGUCACAGAUACAUGAGAGCCCCUUUAACCUCCUCUUGAGUCAGGAGCGACUGAUUCGAAAAGCUGCAGGACUGUCUCACUUUCUCAUCAAUGAAGUCAACGUGGCACCGCCAUGUGUGACCAUUUACCAAGUUUUUCUCGAUGCUGUGAAUAGACUCAUCCAGUAUGGAGUUCUGUAUGUGGCAGAGGAGGAUCAGGAAGAGCUGAGCCCAAGUCCCACUGAGGAGCCAUGGCCCAAGAAGUUUCCUGAGCCUCUCUCCUGGAGAAGUGAUGAGGAAGAUGAAGACAGCGACUUUGGAGAAGAGCAAAGAGUACGCUAUCUGAAGGUGAGUGUUUCACCAGAGCAUCAGGAGUUCUUCUUGUUCCUCCAGCGUCUCCUCAGCCCCGUCCUGGAGGCCUAUGGUGGAGCGGCCAUCUUUGUCCACAGCCUGAGUCAGCCCAUGGCCGAGUCUGACUAUACACUGCGUCUCUUCAAAUACCUUCUCACGCGCACCGAGAAGGGGGUGGCAGCUUACGGAGAAAGUGCAACUCACUAUCUGGUGAAGAAUACAGUGAAAACAUUCAAAGAACUUGGGGUCCUAAAGGAGCGUAGAGAGAACAAUAUUACAACUUUGGAGCUGAGCAGCACCUUCCUACCUCAGGCCAACCGUAACAAACUUCUCCAGUACAUCCUAGCCUUCACCUUACUGUGAACAGGACAUGCUCCUUCUGAACCCUCUACAAUCAAGGGCUUCUUCUGGUUCCUCCUGAAACAAUCCCAGGUGCUACGCUGUGGAAAGCUUUACCAGGAAGUGCCUUUAAGUGACAUGCUAACACCUCUCCACUGUUAGCAGAAAGACUUGAAGCUGUCUUCCUUUUCCGUUCCAGUCAAAAACUUGCCGAUGUAGUGUUGCAGUAGUUAGUCAUAAGGUUUUAAUAUCACAAAUGUACUCAAGCAGGUCAGCUGUAUCAUUUUUGUAGCCUAACCAACAGAGCAAGAUUCCUCCUGGCGAUCCAUUGCUUUCAGAAUGAUGAAAACUGUGGAAGGUUGCCAUAGCGAUUAACAAUUUAAAAACAAAAAAUGAUAUCGUCUCAAUGGUAAAAAGUCCUCAAAAUGUUGCCUAUAACAGGAGGCUGAAACCCAUGAAUAGAAAAUGAAUAUAAAAUAUGCAUACUGAAAAAAAAUAAAUUAAUAAGUAGUCAAAUAUUUUAUUCACUCUAGUGCUGUAUAAAUAAUAAUUGUGUUUAAAUAUGAACAGUGUUUUCAAUUUAAUUAAUGUGUACAAUUAUAGAUAGUGGAAAACUAAUAUUUUGAUACAAAAUUUGCCAGUGCUGCUUUGUCAACUCUGUUUAACCUUCAAAAUCACUUAAAAAGUGCAUUUGAAAACAUAUAGAAGUGCACCUUUUCUCAUAUGUUUUAUACAUCAUUUAAAAAAACAAACAGUUGUCAUAAUCAAAAACAGUUUUGUCACGCCUUUCAGGGGAAGCAUUUUCUCUCACAACACCUUCAAUAAAAGCCUUCACCACUUAGACUGAAUGAGGCUGGUACGUGAAGGGCGCAGGUCCGCUAUGGGCAUAUGAGCCAAUGAAAAGUUGCUUUGUGGUACGCUGUCCAGACACUUGAAGAUAACAGUAUGCCUUCCUCUUUUAGAUGUUUACUUUUUGAUACAUGGCUAUAGAUUGCAGGUCUUAACAUUACUUUAUUACAUAUUAUAUAUUACAGAGGCAUUAGAGGAUGUGAAACUGUCAUAGUUGAAUAAUCCUCGCAAUUGUGAUCGUACAAUACCCCGGAAAACCAUAACAAUUUUUUCAAACCAUUUUCUCUAUUAAGUGUAACUUUCCAAGUCAGCUUUGAGGUUUAUUGUGUUGGCAAAUUGUAUGCCUACUGAGGGCAGGAAGAGAUGGACUGAAAAGAUUUCUGGCAAUAAGUGGUAAAAAAAAAAAUCUAUAUUUAUGUUAAUACGCUGGUCAAAAUGCUGCUUGAUGUUACUCAAACUUUAUUUAAUUUUCCUGCAUAUUUUCAAUGCAGUUUUCUCACCUAUUUAUGAAGCAAGAUGAUGAAAAGAAAAGCAUGUUGGUGAAAAGAAACGUAUGUUAUUUAAAUGCAGCAAAAAAUACGCACAAAAGCUUUUUUAUGCUGAAGUGGAGAGACAAUGAAAAGGGUGUGAACGCAUCUCUGAGCCUAUGUCCCUAUCUCGUCCCCAACCACUUGUACCACUAAGUACAGCAUGUUUUACUACGGGCUGCCUUUAGUUAGCAGUUUUUGUAUGUAUAAGUGUAUUUUGCAGCCUAUAGAGAAUAGAAAAUAGCAGAAAGAUAGCAGUUUGUUGUUACCUCUUGAAUGUAUAUCACCCUCUACAAGUCAUUGUAAUAUUCUUGGAUACUGAUGGUACAAUUGGUCUAGAUUUACAUUGAAAUGUUUAUUUACAUUACUGACAUCCCAUGAUAUGUAACUACUGUAUAGGACUAAUGCCUGUGUUUUGUGAAGCAGGUGCCUUUAUAAAUGCACUGUAGUGUUUAUUUUGGUUGUUUUUUGUUUGUUUUUUUCAUAUUUUUUGUUGUGCAUGUUACAGUUAAUCUUGUGCGGAAAUCGCUGUAGAUUUUACGUUAAAGAAAUAGACACAAAGAUGGACUUGUGACACUGAGAAGAAUCACCAGCUUCAGUCAUAGUUUUGUUUUUGCUUUUUCAAAGCAAAGCACAAUUGGCAUUAUGACAUGUAGUUUUUAAAUAAAUGAACAGUAGACUAACAACA